CCAUUCUGUAUUCAAAAUCAAAUCUCAAGAGAUAACUUGUUUCAUCUUGAAAAUUGUGGGACUGACCUAUGAUUUUUGGCGUUCCUCGAGAACUAACUUGUAAAUGACCCUAAUUUUUUUCAAGAGUUAGCAUACUAUUUCUCAUUAGCUCAGAUGGAAAUAUUCUUCGUAGUUCUUUUCAGUUGCCUUGGAAUUUUAGCUCUGAUGGUGCUUGAAUGAAGUUUUCAGCUACAGAUUUAUUUGUUAUUCUUAAUAUUUAAGCGCUAUUUGGAUAGAGGAUUAAAUAAUCAGGGUAAAGUAAUGAUGGGUUGGGAGAGAGAUAAGGAGCUGCUCCAAUGUUUUCAUAUCUUUCUUUGUUGACCACGCCGUUGAGGGCGAUCUCAUGGUUCUACUUAGCUCUGUUGGAUGCUAUGAUGGAUGCGUGAUCUGCCUAACACUUGCCAUUGGGUGGGCUUUUGCGGCUUUUGUCAGGAAUAGAGAGAUCAAGCGGAUGAAGAGUAGUAUGAGAGCUGGCAAUAGCUUUGCAUUUCUUUUUCAUGAUAUCAAUGAACUGGAGCACUCAAAUCAGGUCAAUCUGCCUCGAGUGACUGUUGUUAUGCCCUUAAAGGGGUUUGGGGAACACAAUUUACAUAAUUGGAGGAGUCAGAUCACAUCUCUCUAUGGUGGUCCUCUGGAAUUCCUUUUUGUAGUGGAAAGUACAGAAGACCCUGCAUACCAUGCUGUAUCUUGCUUAAUACCAGAGUUUAAGGAUGCUGUUGAUGUUAGAGUUAUUGUAGCUGGUUUGUCAACAACUUGUAGUCAGAAAAUUCACAACCAGUUGUUUGGUGCAGAGAAAAUGCAUAAAGACAGCAAGUAUGUAUUAUUUUUGGAUGAUGAUGUUAGGCUGCACCCUGGGUCUAUUGGAGCCCUGACUGCUGAAAUGGAAAAAAAUCCUGAGAUAUUUAUUCAAACAGGAUACCCUCUUGAUCUGCCUUCAGGGAGUUUAGGAAGCUACUGCAUCUAUGAAUAUCACAUGCCUUGUUCGAUGGGCUUUGCCACCGGUGGGAAAACAUUCUUUCUAUGGGGUGGGUGCAUGAUGAUGCAUGCUGAUGAUUUUAGAUAUGACCGCUAUGGUGUGGUCUCAGGACUGCGAGAUGGUGGAUACUCUGAUGAUAUGACUCUUGCAGCUAUAGCUGGGGCUCAUAAGAGGCUUAUUACAUCACCUCCAGUUGCUGUUUUUCCUCACCCACUUGCUAGUGAUCUUAGUUUUUCAAGGUACUGGAAUUACUUGAGGAAGCAAACAUUUGUUUUGGAAUCAUAUACAACGAAGGUUAAUUGGAUAAUGAACCGAGCUUUAUUUUCUUCCCACUGCUAUUUAUCAUGGGGGUUUGUGGCGCCAUACUUUAUGGCUAUGACUCAUGUUGCUGCAGCACUGCGAAUCUAUAUCCGAGGAUAUGCACAUGAGGAAACAAUCUUUGUUUCUAAUGGGUUGUUACUGGUCACCUGCCUAGCUGUGUGCACCUUUACAGAACUUUUCUCAAUGUGGAAUUUGACGAGAAUAGAAGUUCAACUAUGCAACAUGCUGUCGCCCGAGGCACCUCGACUUUCUCUUGCUUCUUAUAACUGGGUCCUCGUAUUCAUUGCAAUGCUGGUGGAUAACUUCUUAUAUCCCAUAUCUGCACUCCGUUCACACUUCUCUCAGUCUAUAAAUUGGUCUGGUAUACGGUACCACUUGAAGAAUGGAAAAAUAAGCAAGAUUGAAAGAAGUAAGGAUAAGGGUCCAAUUUACACGGACUUGGGAGGAAAACAUUUAUAUGGGAAGAAGGGAGCUCCUCCCAGAGCCUCUUUGCUUGGCUCUUUGGCAAAGAGUUUGGCACAGUGGCGACAGCCUAAGAAAUUUGAUGGCUAGAUAUUGGCUUUAAUUUGCAAAAGAUCCAAUGGGUCUCGGGAGCAUAACUCUUGGUGGAUUACGCGGGUAUCCUCGGAUAGGGUUCGCUAGUCCAUUAUUGAUUGAUUUUUUUAUAUAUAUAUAAUCUCCAUUCAAUCAAAAAUAUUCUCCAAUUUAGGCCAUCUUGAUUUCUGGGCUGAUUUUGUAAUUUGCGGUGGUAUUUGUUCUGUAUUCUAUGUAAUUUAUAGUAUUUAAUACGAAAUUUGAGGCAA